CUUCCAGUGUCGGCGGCGUUGGCUUCUACCGACAGAAUCCAACAUGGAGUAACCAGAGAUGGGGCUCGUACGGGGCCAUCCUCACCGACAUCAACGCACGAUUUCAAUUACCGCAUUUCAGCAUGGGGCGCGACGGGAUUAAAUCGGUGGAGGUAUUCCAAAGGGAUUUACACUCUCGUGGAUGCACUCGAAUAAUUGUAGUGAAGCGCUGAGAGACGAAGAAGAGAAGCAAGAAAUAACGCAAACAAACAGAAAAAAAACACUCGGAAAACUAGGCUGCUACUGUUACGGGUGUGUGAUCGAGGUGUUGGACGAGAAGGGCAAGACAAAAUGAAGACACCACACAAUGUACCCUCGGGUGGGAUAUUAUUGUAGGUGAAACGAAAAAAAAUGACCGAGGAAACACACCCAGACGAUGACAGCUACAUUGUGCGUGUCAAAGCGGUGGUCAUGACCCGGGACGACUCGAGUGGCGGUUGGCUGGCCCAGGACGGUGGGUGCCUCAGCCGUGUGGGCGUGUGCAAGGUGCUGUCGGCCGAGCUGCUGGGCCGAAGCAGCUUCCUUAUCCACGGCGAGCGCCUCAAAGACAAACAGGUGAUUUUGGAAUGCUUCCUGAAGAAGGAUCUGGUGUACACCAAGGCCACGCCCACAUUUCACCACUGGAAAGUGGACAACAAGAAGUGUGGCUUGACGUUCCAGAGCCCGGCCGACGCACGCGCCUUCGACCGUGGGGUCAGGAAAGCCAUGGAGGAUCUGACGGAAGGUACGGGAGAGGAAGGCGAGGACUAUGAGGGCUGUGUUUCAAUGCUCUUGAAUGGAUCUACCACCUCUUCUUCGACCAUCCAGAACGAGGCCGAGUUGGGUGACGACGAUGUUUUCACUAAUGCCACCGACAGCUCGUCCAACUCCUCCCACUCCCAGAAGAAGGAGCCCCUGCAGCUGCAGACCCUGGCCCCGCCCAGCUUCUGCGAGCCGCGCCGCCACCACUGCAUCCUGGGCCACUUCUACGACCAGCACAGACCCUCGGACCACUACUUCCUGGAUCAGGUGGGUGGCUGGGGGACGACAGUGGCGAAGUCGGUUCCCAUGUUCCCACGCCACGUCAGCUUCCAGGUGGAGGAGGAGGAGAUCGUGCGCAUCAACCCUCGCGAGCGGACCUGGCUGACUGGGUACGAGGACUACCGGCACGCCACCGCCACGCGCGACAAGCUCAUCCAGCACCCCGAGGACGCCGACGCCUACGUGCACUUCGCCAAGAGCGAGCCGCCUAAGCACGACUACACCUACCCUUACCCCCUGGGCCUUGAUCCCCACCAGCAUGCAAGGGACCCCAAGAUAGGCUGCGUGGACCGACUUGGUGGGGGCGGCCUUAUCGGGGGACACAGGGCGGUGGUCACAGCCCAGCCCCGCACCCUCCAGCUCAAGGGCAAGCGGCGGAAGGAAGACGGCGAGCGCUCGCGCUGCGUCUACUGCCGGGACAUGUUCAACCACGAGGAGAACAGGCGCGGGCGGUGCCAGGAGGCCCCGGACCCAAUCCAGACGUGCAUCCACCGGGUCAGCUUCAUGUGGUGCGCGGACAGCCUGCUCUACCACUGCAUGUCAGACCCGGAGGGCGACUACUCGGACCCGUGCUCGUGCGACACCAGCGAUGAGCGCUUCUGCCUGCGCUGGCUGGCCCUGGUUGGGCUGUCGCUGCUGGCCCCCUGCAUGUGCUGCUAUGCCCCCCUGCGCGCCUGCUACCGCUGCGGGGUGGCCUGCCACUGCUGCGGGGGCAAGCACAAAGCUGUGGGCUGAGUGCCAGGAGGGAGAGUAGAACAGAGACCCAUGGAAGGGACUGGACCGGAAGAGUGUGGCCCCGCUAUUCUUUUGUUUUGUGUUUUUGUUUUCGCUGUUGAGUCUCUCGGCCAAGUUCCAGAUGGGAAAACAAUUGGCUUGUCCCGAUUCUUUUCGAUUUGGAAAUUUCUCUCGGUGGAAAGAAAGAAAAAAUACGUUUCCUUUUGUUGUUUUUUAUAGGGGUACCCUGCCUACGGCUUCCACGUCCUUGCAUUACAAAGACUAAAACAAUGAAUAUUCAUAUAUAAAUAUUAUAUAAACAGGUACUUUAUAUUUUUACACUCAUGUUUUAAAGGCUUGAAUAUUUUUACCAGUGUUUUGUGUGAGGUCAGUGUGAGCGUUGUUUUCUGAGGGGGGGCUCUCACUUUGUGUUCCCCUCGCAUGGCUCACCACCAAUCACAGAUCAAGCUGGUUCCCGCCUGUAAAGCAGAGGCACUUAAGUCAAGGGUGUGUCCUUAAUGGUACCUUAUUGCUUAUGAAGUGCACGACUUUUGAUCAUAGCCCUAUGGGCCCUUGUCUAAUGUAGUGCAAUAUAUAGGUAAUAGAGUGCCAUGUGGGAUGCAGCCCAACUGUGAUCACGUCUGCCCCUCCCAGCCAAUGAAACAAAAGAAAAGGCAAACAUUUAACCAGUGUUUCCUCAUUCUGCACCUUGACUACUCCUGACCUAGCCUGUUCCCAGAUCAAUUAGACCUACUCCUGACCUAGCCUGUUCCCAGAUCAAUUAGACCUAGGGCCAGGCUUACCCCUGGCUAUACAGAUUUUUAAAAACCAAAUUAAACCUAAUAUCAAUGAAUGUCAGUGGAGAGACACCUGGAAAAAAAACAUUCUACUGCUUGGUCAAAUUAGACUGACUGUAUUGUGGAUUCGACCCAGAACCAAAUCUAAAAUGGGUCAGGGGUACUUGAGUAUUGGAUGGGGAAACUCUGCUUUAGACACUUCAUCUGUAGGGUUGUGUGUGUGUCUGUGUGACUUCCUAUGUGCAAAAGUCUGGAAAAUGGAAUGAGCAACAAUGUAUCCCUGAUUGCUAUUGUUGUGACUUCAACUAAAAGCCUAAAUGGCAAAAUAAGCUGCAGCAUUUAUAUAGAGUAUCUAAAUUCGUCUUUUUUUUUUCAACCGUUUAUUACAGUGGAGGAGAACUCAAGCCUUAGGUAACUUUUUAUUCAGUUGAUGUUUUGAUGAUAAUCUUUUGAUAUAGUUAUUUAUUUGCCUUGCUAAAUUUAGACACCAGCCUAGGGGGUUAAGAGGAAGGGAACAGUCCCAUUUGUAAACUAAACACAGCCAAGAGGGGAAGAGGAGGGAUUUUUGUCACCUUUUUGAGAUGGAUGAUGACCCUUGUCCACACUACAGUGUCAUUGGUGCUCUCUUAUGCUUGUCUUUUUCUUUUGUCUUUCAAAAGGAUACUCAACGAGGCUAACUGUCAGGGAAUCGCGAUCUAUAGAGUUUUGCUAAACUUUAGCUCGAGAGACAGACAAACCGCUUUGAUCUGGUUGUUCAUGGUUCCCCACAAGGGUAUAAGAUAGUGGGUUCUCCAACAAAGGGACGUGCUGGCACACCCGAAUGAACUAAUCACCUAAUCGUGUUUUUCAGUCUAUACCACGAUUAGCUGAUACAGGUGAGUUACUGCAGGGCUGGAACGAAAGGCUGCACACCCAGUAGCUCUCCCAAGACCAGAGUUGGAGACAAGUGGAGAAGUGUUGAAUCUAUUCUUCUGUAGUCCAAUAACUCCCUCUCCCUGGUCUUUUACUCAGUAUUACAUUACAUUACAGCCAGGGAGGAGGCUGUCUGUCAGCCAAUCGCAUCAGUCAAGAUGGUGUCAAAAUAUGUACACAAAUAAAAUGGACGCUACAGCAUGAAUAUACAUCAACAUAUGCACAGUUGAAGUCGGAAGUUUACAUACACUUAUGUUGGAGUCAUUAAAACUCGUUUU